GUUUAAACUUAAGUCUGGAUUGUCAAACAAAAUUCUUUCAACACUUUUUAAUGUAUCUAAAUCAAGCAUAAGAAGAGCAGUACAUACAAUCAGAAAAGUGCUUGUUUCUGAACUUGUUCCUAAAUAUCUUGGCUUCCAGCACAUAUCAAGAGAAGAAAUUAUAAAAAGCCAUACUCGUUCCCUAUCACAGUCACUACUUGCAGAAAAUGCCAGCCAAGCUAUAAUUGUUUUAGACGGAACAUACAUAUAUAUUAGAAAAAGUACAAACUUCAAAUUCCAAAGACGUUCUUAUAGUGUACAUAAAGGGCGGCCACUUGUUAAACCUAUGGUAAUAGUCAGCACUACUGGAUACUUUAUUUCUGUAUUAGGACCAUAUCUUGCAGAUUCUAAAAAUAGUGAUUCAGGAAUCUUAAACCAUGCAGUAAGGAAUAACAUAGAGGAAAUCAAAAAUUGGGCUCAGCCAAAUGAUAUAUUUGUUGUUGACCGUGGAUUUCGUGACUCCCUGCAAGUGCUUGAGGAGAUGGGAAUAAAAGCACAAAUGCCAAAGUUCAUGCCGAAGGGUGCCAAACAAUUAACAACCAUGGACGCUAACCACAGUCGGUUCGUAACAAAGGUCAGAUGGGUAGUUGAAGCAUCAAAUGCUCGAAUAAAGAGAUGGAAGUAUCUUGACCAUGUAUUGCCUACCAAUCAAGUUCCGUUCAUUGGUGAUUAUGUCCGCAUAAUUUGUGCCACAUGUAACAAAUACCUUUCACCUCUAAAUGCAACCAAAGAUUUGAUGGAUGACACACUUGUAGCAGAGAGAAUGAGAGAUAAAAUCCAGAAUGUUAACCAUUUACAAUCGUAUGUUCAAGAAAAUGAACUAUAUAAGCGAAAUAUUUCAAAAUGGCAAGCAGUGCAAGAAAUUGACAAUUUCCCCUCUAUAGAUGAUUUUACUCUUAGUCUUUUGACUCUUGGUACCUACCAAAUGAAACUUUGCCAAUCAUAUGCACAAGAGUACCUUGAUGGAGAUUGUGAUAUUUUGGUGUAUAAAGAAUCAAAAGACUUGUUGAGAGUAAGACUUCAAAGUCGUCAUGUAUCUUCCAAGUCUUAUUUUGUUUGGAUUCAGUAUGAUUCAGACCAUGUCAAGGCUUGGUACUGCCAGUGCAAGGCUGGUGCACGGACAGUUGGAACAUGUUCACAUGUGGCUGCGGUGAUUUGGUAUCUAGGCACAUCUAGGCAGCAGUCUGACAGGUACGGAGUCCAAGACUGGACUCAAUACCUUGAUGAUGCUGCCGAGAUGCCGCAGCCAAUAGAUUCAUCCGACUCUGAAGACAGUAUUAUAGAGGAAUAAUAAGUAAAGGGAAUCAUAUCAGUAAUAUUGUCAGACUUAUUAUUUAUAUACAUAACAUUUGUAGAAGUGAUGUAUCCAAUGAUUGUUUCAUUUAAUUAAGUCUGCAAGUGAAAGGUAAUGAAGAUAAAAGGCACUGUUACUUAAUUACUCAUAAAUGAACAUGUAUGUUUUUGUUGCCAUUUUAUGAAUCAUUUUUGUGAUCUGCAUAUUUUCAUUUUAAAGACUGAUUCAUGUAAUCAUAGAUGUGCAGACUUCCUCUUUUUGUGUCGCCUUGAAAAGGCAACAUAUAGGGGUUACUUUUAUCGGCGGCGUCGGUGUCGUUGUCGGUGUCCCCUAAAGCUUGUCCGGAGCAUAAGUCAGUCAUUAUAAGUUUGAUUGACUUCAAACUUGGUAUGCAUGCUUCUUAUAAUAACUCUAAGUGCAGUGCACAAGGACCGGUACUCUGCACUUCUUAUUUUUUGAGUUAUUGCCCUUUGUUAAUUUUCAUACUUUAUUUUUGUCGUGGCCAUUUCUCCUAAACUAUAUUGUUCACAAGGCGACACAUCCGACUCGCGGAGUUCUAGUUUAAGUGAUAAUGCCCAUAUAGUACAUUGUAUGGUACCCAGAAAUUCCUGUAAGUUUCAAACAUAUUAAAAGAAUGAUGAACAAAUAAAGUUAUAAAAAGGAAUAUGUGAUGAUCAUUUAUAACAUGCAAUUAUAUUUAUUGUACAAGUAACUAUAAAGGGAAUUAUGUAUUUAUCCUUUUUUAAAUUUUGUAUAUUCAAAGCAGAUUUAUCUAUAUGAAACUUAUUAUCUAAAACUUUUAGAAUGGUUGCUAUGGAGAUUAUGAUUGAAUUUCAAUUCAAAACAUACUUAUUUAUGUUAAUAUACAUGUAGUUUUUUGUACACUACAUAAACUGUUGUUAAGCUAUGAUUGUUAAUAGUGGUUGCUAGAGAGAUUAUGAUUGAAUUUCAAUUCAAAACAUAAUUAUUUAUGUUAAUAUACAUGUAGUUUCUGUACACUACCUAAACUGUUGUUAAGCUAAGAUUGUUAAUAGUUGUUGCUAGAGAGAUUAUGAUUGAAUUUCAAUUCAAAACAUAAUUAUUGAUGCUAAUAUACAUGUAGUGUUUCUGUACACUACAUAAACUGUUGUUAAGCUAAGAUUGUUAAUAGUUGUUGCUAGAGAGAUUAUG